AUGAGUCAAGGCUUCACAUACCACGGUGGUCUCUUACGCCAUCAGCGUGAGGUUCAUAGAAAACACGCCAACACGGGAACCACGAAUAUAUGUCCCUACACGGACUGCAGUCGUGGUUCUGGGAACGGAUUUACGCGGCAGGAGAACCUACGAGAACACCUACGCCGUCUGCAUCGACAUACUGAAGAUAUUAGCCGCGUUUCCUCUACGCUAGUCAAUCCCUGGAUUACUGUAGGUGUUCACGAUAACCGUUUACCCGCUGCGGUUGUCGAUCGUUGCCAUGAUGCUUUCCCUAGUGAAACCCUGUCACAGGCAAAUGAUAAAGGUAGUGUUCAUAACGAAUUCAAGGAACUGGUUGGGAAGGUUCAGGAGCAGAAUCGACGCCUUGAGGAGUUGGAGCAGGUGGUGGCUGGACUGCGAGCCGCGAUUACCCCGUCGUCCCAUCUGAAGCUGGAGAAGCAAUAUGUGCCUAGUUAG